UCGAUGCCUCGUGCUCGACAUUGUGAGCAUUGUGGUCGAGCAGUUGCCAUUGGAUUGCAGGGAAGGCGCAAUGUCCGAUGUUGCCCGCCGGAGUGAGCUCACGUCUGAAGACAUUGCAAGGAUCCCUUGCGAUUGCGGAGAAGGCAGCUCCACUACGGUGCGGAGAUCUGAGGAGUACAAGCGCCAGCUCCACAUGUGAAAUUGCCUUCGCUCCUUGAGGUCCCCGGAUUCUUCGUAGAAAGAGAAAUGCUUGCAGUUUUAUGGGACAGGGCGUGGGUGGCUGCCAGAAAGCGCGGAGAUGGAAGGAUGCGAUGGAAAUUUUACCAGAAUAUAGCGUGGCGUUCUUGGCCGCAGGGGCAGCCCGUGACUCUGCUUACUGGAGUUUGACGAAAGGCCGCUGUCGUUCACGCACACGGUGGUAUGCAUGUAGAAAUCUUAUCAGAGGAUCCGAAUUGCUGGAAUUUCCUGAGGCCUAAUAUUCCAGAUUUCGAUGACACUGAAUACCUUCAUUGAAGACGAUGACUUUGAUUGGGAGGCCGCCGUCUCGGAAAUUGAUAAGGCUUGCAGUAAAAAGGAAGCAUCGGGAUCGGGAUCGGGAGCUGGAGCUGGAGGAGGAACAGAAUUACUACUUUCUCAAUCAGCGCAAAGGUGCAAACAGAAAACGUUGCUUUCGUUUAUAAGACAGGAUAAAGGGGCGGAUCAAGUUCGAAGUGAAAAGCAGCAGCGGAAGAUAUAUAUCUCCUCUCACAAAGAAAACGGAAUUCAACCGAAGAUAGAAACCAGUGGGUUGAAAACUCAGCUGGAACAUUCGAUUAGAAGACAGGAUGAUCAAUUUAACAAUGGAAAUCAUCACCGCAAAGUUGCAGAAUGCUCCUUUAGAGAGACUGCGAAUGAAAAGGUCGUCGAAACAAAUCGCCUCAAUGCUCAUCAGGAACAUCCAACUGAAUGUCCGGAGGAUAGAUUUCGCUGUCAAGUCCCUUUCGACCCCGUCACAGCCAGCUCGUGGAUCUAUCCGGCAAAUGUUCCUUGUCGGACCUACCAAUUCAAUAUCACAAAGGUGGCUCUUUUUUCGAACACACUUGUCUCAUUACCUACGGGAUUGGGGAAAACUCUCAUAGCUGCAGCCGUCAUGUACAACUAUUUCCGAUGGUUUCCGACAGGGAAAAUUAUAUUCGCCGCUCCAUCAAGGCCGCUGGUCGUGCAGCAGAUUGAAGCCUGCCACAAGGUGGUAGGAAUACCCCAGGACAUGACCAUUGACAUGACCGGUGAUAUGAGCCCACCAGUAAGAGCAGAAUACUGGCAAAGCAGACGAGUUUUUUUUGUUACUCCUCAGUGUCUUGAGAAGGAUAUUCAAUCUGGUACUUGUACAUCGAGGCAGAUUGUGUGCUUGGUCAUUGACGAAGCGCACCGUGCAACUGGAAAUUACUCGUACUGCGUGAUUGUUCGUCAGCUACUUCAAGCCAAAAUCAACUACCGCCUACUGGCCCUAACCGCAACUCCCGGCUCUAAGCAGGUUACAAUCCAGGCUGUCGUAGACAAUCUACAAAUUUCAUGCCUGGAGUACAGAAACGAGCAUGAUCCUGAUGUCAGCCAAUACACCCACAACCGGAAGAUUGAGUUAAUUGAGGUUCCUAUGAAUGCUGCAUCCAACCAAGUCAAAGAUCUGCUUAUUGAAGUGCUACAACCAAUUGUGUACAGGCUCUGUGGAUAUAGGGUUUUUUACAACAGAGAUAUUGCAAGGCUGACACCAUUUGAAUUCAUCCAAGCGCGAGAGAAAUUCCGUCAGGCUCCUCCUCCAGCUAUUCCACAGAAUGAUUAUUCACAAGUCGAGAUCUAUUUUGGGCUAGGGAUUACGUUGACUCAUAUCUUUAAACUGCUAUUCACUCACGGAAUGAGGCCAGCAUAUGAAAUGCUCCAACAGAAAUUACAGCAAGGGGUUUUGAAAAGACUGGGAGGAAAUGACAAGAUGCGCCACUUGCAGAGCGUCAUGAAACAAAUUGUAGGACACGGUGCUCCUAGCCCGAAGCUUGAUAAGGUGGUAGAGAUAAUAAGUACCCAUUUUAGUGCACAUGAUCCCACAAAGACCAGAGUGAUCAUUUUCACAAAUUUCAGAGAAAGUGUGAAAGAUAUCAUGGAGAUUCUAGCAGCGAGGUGUACAGAUGUAAAAGCUAUGGAAUUCAUCGGCCAAAGUUCUGGAAAAGCUUCGAAGGGUCAAAGCCAGAAAACUCAACAGGCUGUACUGCAGAAAUUUCGUGCUGGGGGAUUUAACACCAUCGUGGCAACUUCCAUUGCUGAGGAGGGAUUGGACAUCAUGGAGGUCGAUUUAGUUAUCUGUUUCGAUGCUAAUAUUUCUCCGCUGCGGAUGAUACAACGCAUGGGGCGAACGGGGAGGAAGCGUGAUGGUCGAGUAGUCGUUCUAGCUUGCGAAGGGGCGGAAAAAGAAGGCUACUUGGCAAAGCAAAGCAGGAACAAAGCCCUCAACAAACACAUGGUUAACGGAGGGGUUUAUAGCUUCAAUUUUCAUCCAAGUUCACAUAUGAUUCCUCACAGCUACCGUCCAGCGGUUCAGUUAGUUGAGUUAGCUAUUGAGGAAUUCGUGCCACGUUCAAAGAAGCUGAAGGUAAAAUGCAGUGAGACUGCCGUUGGAGGUCUCAAAAGUCUAUCGGACACGGAUUUUCAAUUACUGGAGAAGUACAAGAUAGCAUUGAGAGGAGAGUCAUGGAAGCCGUCACUGAUCGCGUUUCCGCAGUAUCAGUUGGUACCUACUCCUGUCCACAAAGUGGAGCAUUCAUACAGAACCAGAGUAUUAAUAGACGCGCUGCGUUUUAUGCAAGACACAUCCGUCCCAUUAGAAGACAUCACGCAUUGUGCAAGGGACAAAGAGGUCACAAGCUCUCAAAAAUCUUUACCCCACUCGCAUCUGGGACCUCCCGAUCCAGUGAAAGAAAAGAUCUUAUCCUUGGUAACGCCGGAUAAAACUAAUACAGCCCUGGGAGAACUGGAGAGCGACUCUAAUAAAGAAGUAUUGCCCGCAACAUUGUAUUCUGACUUGGACUGCGCUGAGGAUAUCCGUAUCAAGAACAUGAGCAGCAUUACUGCACCAAACGAGGAGGUAAAGCUUAGGCCUCUAUUCGUAAAACCGCUCAGUAAAAAGGAGAGCUUGAGUCUGAAGCCCGUGAGUGAGUCGAAAGCAUUCAGGGAGGUCCCUGUCAACAAAAGGGAAAGUCAGCCGGACCGAAGAGCAGACGAUUUGGAUUUUGUCUCGCCUGUUCAAGGCAUACAGGAGGUGAUGCAUGUGAAGGAAGGUGUCAUGUACAGCCUCACGCGGUGCCAGAAUGUCCUAGAGUUUACAAAAGUCAUUACAGAUUCAAGAACCACAGGUUACACCACUACCCCUCAAGAGUCUCCGUGCUUGUCACGUAUUGGACUUCAGAUGGAAGACAGAGUCAGGGACUUUGAUUCUCAUCCUUCUGAACCUAGUUUUCGAGUAUUUCCUCCCAAGGAAUCAGGCAUAAAUGUCCUGACAGCACCCUCUUCGAUUUCAUCAGGUAUAUCUGAUGGAAAACCGUUGUUGAAAUCCGUUGGUCGUAGCAAACUAUCACUUUCUAAGAAGCCAUUGAGUGAUGAUGGGACUUCCCUCUUUGGGGUGGGAAGAGCAAGUCAUGGUCUAAAGAGGACACUCACUGUCAAAUCUGAGGCCCUUGAAGGUGCUCAAAGAAGUGACUUUGACAACAGGGGACGCGCUGCCAAUCCAGUCAGUCCACUUGCGGAAGUGCCACAAAAUGUGAAUGUCGAUGUCAUAACACCGAACGACAAAGUUAUGCAUUCUAAGAAAUCACAGUGUAUGUUGGAAAGAAAGCAGAAGUCAGGUGUCGACGUGGAGAUAGCAAGCAGGCGACUGGAUAAGAUUGCUAGCCAGGGGGUUGUUCCUCUGUCACCGGACUUGGAAAUAGUAAGUGGUCGACUGGAGGAAAUUGCUUCCCAGGGUGUUGUUCCUUCAUCUCCUGUUUCGAAGCCGCUAUUAGAUCAUAGUCAUAUCUCAAGCUCGCCUGUACUUAAAACUCCUUGCGUACCUAAACUCCCUGACGUCCAGCAAGCAAGUAUCACUUCUUUAGAAUUUCUCCAACAACACCAGAAAUCUCCUGUAACCCCAUUAACAACAUUGGGGCCAGUUUUUAGUAAAAGAGAUUCUCAGAGCCAGAUCAAUAGACUGAGUACUGACUCUCAGAAAAAGAAAACUCCUGUAUCGUCUUUCCUAUGUCGUAUUAAUGGGAUGUCUCCUACAGGGAAGUUCCUGAACUUCUCAGAAUUUGGUCUUGAAGAUUCUCUGCAUGAAGAUCGCAGUAAUUUCUCAAGAGAGAAAAGCCUUGCUACUCGUAUAGUCCAACUCUCUCCUGAUGGACAUGAUGAUGCUGGAAACUUCACUGAAUGCCUUACCACUCCGCAAGGGCGAAGUACGAAAAGCCCCAGUGAAGUGUGGGAGAUUACAGAAGGUAAGGCAGGGUCAGCAUCUGUGAAGAAACCUCGCAGGCUUAAAAGGCUUUGUAAAGCCGGCGAGAAAGCUAAUGGGCCAUCUCCACUUCGGAAGCUUAAACAAUUGAAAAAAGUCGUUACUGAGGAUCUGCGUGGAGGCAAGCGUUUUCUGCCCCAGUCAAAAGCGGGGAGGAAUCAUAGGAAGCUCAGAGUGAGAGAAUUUCUCGACGAUGAAGCAGAAGUGUCGGACGAUACCGAAUUAUCCGAUCAAUCUGAUAGUGAAGAUAUGGAAGAUAUGGAAGAGGAAGCAGACGGAUUUAUUGACACCGCAGCAACCCAAGCUCUGAAUGGCGCAGUCGAUAUGAUGGCUGUGUAUAGGCGGUCCUUGUUGACACAGUCGCCAGCUGAGCACGCUUCAGGUCAGUUUGGCCAUUUGCUGCAGACAAGUUCUACUCUAUGCUCUGAUGAGACUCCUAGAUCAUCAGAACAGACCUCACCAUCAGAUGCUAGCGGGUCUCCUGGACCGAGCUUGGGAUUGCCUAUCGAUCAUUCGUCUCCUAUAAGAAUAGAUUCGGGUGGAAAAACACCGGCCUUACGCCAGAAUGGCAUGGCGAAUGGCCGGAUUAGUAAAAGUCUGUCAAUAUCGUCCUCAAUUAUCAACGAGGAUCAGAGAAAACUGGAGUUGAGGAAACGGAAGCUGAGCUUCCUGUCGAAUCCUGGAACUGCAAAUGAGACAGAAGCUUCUUUGUACAGCUCACAGAAGGAGCGUGAACUGAAUUCCAAGGCUGAUUUUGAUCUGGUAGACGCAAGAGAACUCCAAGCUACAAUACCGAUAGAUAUCGACAAACAGAGGAAUACGGUUGCUGAGUUCGAGGAUGAUCUUUUCGACGGCGUUGAUCUUGAUGCUUUAGAAGCCGAAGCAGCUCAAACAUGUCGGAUACGUAGCCAAAAAAAUGUGAACUUACAUCACGCCGACGUAGCUGCUAGUUUGGGUGUUCUGACAGCUCAGGUCUCCGGAACCACAGCUUCCAGAUCUCGUUUGCUGUCAAGACUACCAAAUGAUGAUAAAUAUGGUGGUUGCCCCUCUUUCGAUCUUGGGAUCGCCGAUUGAAGAUACACGCAAGCCCCACACAUUUGUGCAUCCUGCCGGUUGCAGUAAGGAAGCAUAUUUAUACACCAAGCAUGACUGCGAAAGGAUCUCUUCAGCACAGGUGACGAAACUGCUGCUAUGCGCUGUAUCCUGCUCGCGGCCCCGAGAUGUCAGUCAAUGUAACAAUAUUUUGUUCUCGAGCAGGCAUUUUCUCGAAUGGUUCUUGGAUAUUCAAUAACAGUUUCAGCUAAUGAUUGGAAGUCUUAGCUCAUGAUUGAAACUGUUGGCAUUUGUACCGAUUACACCUAACUUUAGUGUGGACCGAAAGUGUCCCAGCCGUUGUAAUGUACAGAAAUAUACAUCUAAGAUUUUUACGGAGUUUCUGUAGUUAACAUGAACUCUUUUCAUUUGUAUGAUCAUCCUGCAUCAUAUUUCCCUAACAGGAACGCAAGUGAAAGCAAGUAGUGCAUACGCCCAGCCGUGGCGUCGAUACUCCUUCUAGGUUAAAAGCCCUUCAGUCAAUAGUAUCUGAUAAUUGCGGAAGCGAAGGGGACGCAAGAAAAGAAAAACUAAUUUUUGUAUCAAAAAUAUCCGCUGUUUGGUGCGGACUUUGUUCAAAUACACAGGAUAACUGCGACAGUAGG